AUGUCCACCACCACAACCCCCCCUCGCCCAACCGCCCUCUCAAUCAUCCAGUCGGAAAACAUGGCCUCCCGUCUGACCGACAAAGUAGUCGUCAUCACCGGGAUCUCCUCCGGCAUAGGCAUCGAGAUCGUGCGCGCCCUCGCAACCACAGACGCAACAAUGUACCUUCUCGCGCGCGACACACUCAAAGCGCAGCACGCUCUCGGCGCCAUCUUCAACCCCUCACGCAUGCACCUCGUGCAGGUCGACCAGUCCUCGCUAUCCAGCGUCCGCGCCGCAGGGUCCUACAUCCUCUCGCGCACCCGCACCGUGAACAUCCUGAUCAAUAACGCGGGCGUCAUGGCUGUUCCGGAGCGGCGGGUCACGGAGGAUGGAGUUGAGAUGCAGUUCGGGGUGAAUCAUCUUUCGCACUUCUUGCUGUUUCAGGUGCUGAAGGAUGCGAUGCUCGCUGCUACGGAGCAGGGGGAGUUCUGUUCCCGGGUUGUGAAUGUGUCGGCGUCGGGACAUCGCAUUCAUGGGCUGAACGCCCCCGGGGAGUAUGGUUUCGAGAAAGGCGGGUAUGAGCCCUGGAAGGCGUAUGCGCAGUCCAAGACGGCGAAUAUAUACAUGGCGAACGAGCUGGAGAGGCGGUAUGGCGGGGUAGGGAUCCAUGCGACGAGUGUGCAUCCCGGGCUGGUGGAUACGCCGCUGGGACGGUAUUUGCCGGCGGAGCAUGUGGAGGCGAUGUUGAGGAAUGAGGCGGUGAUGAGGGCGUUGAAGAGUCCGGAGGAGGGGGCGGCGACGACGGUGUGGGCGGCUGUGGGGAGGGAGUGGGAGGGGAGAGGAGGGAGGUAUUUGGCGGAUUGUAGGGAGGCGGAAUGGGGACCGGAUGACGGGGAUCGCAUGAGUUCGGCGUAUACGGGGCAUACGUAUUGUCCAAGGGAGGAGGGGAGGCUGUGGAGGGAUUCGUUGGAGAUGGUGGGAUUGGAGGAUGUUGAAUGA